AUGGCUGCUAAGACUGUUAACUAUAAAGAACUUGGACUUUGUAAUCACAAGGAAAUGUUUGAACAUGCUAUUAAAGGAGGAUUUGCUGUUCCAGGUUUUAACUUCAAUAACCUUGAACAAAUGCAAGCUAUUAUUCAAGCAUGUACUGAAGCUAAAUCACCAGUUAUUCUUCAAGUAUCAAAAGGAGCACGUGAAUAUGCUAAUGCUACUCUUUUGAGAAAUCUUGCUAAAGGAGCAGUUGAAUAUUCAAAAGAAAUUGAUCCAGAACAUAAAGGUAUUCCAAUUUCACUUAAUCUUGAUCAUGGAGCUAAUUUCCAAAUUUGUAAAGAAUGUGUAGAUAAUGGAUUCUCUAAUGUUAUGAUUGAUGGAUCAGCACUUCCAUAUGAAGAGAAUGUUAAAUUAACAAAACAAGUUGUUGAAUAUGCACAUCAAUUUGGAGUUACUGUUGAAGGAGAACUUGGAGUUCUUUCAGGAGUUGAAGAUGACGUUGCAGCAGCUGAACAUGUAUUCACAGAUCCAAAGGAUGUUGAAGCAUUUGUUAAAGACACAGGAGUAGAUGCACUUGCUAUUUCAAUUGGAACAUCACAUGGAGCAUACAAAUUCAAACCAGGAAUGCAUCCAAGAAUUAGACUUGAUAUUCUUCAUGAAGUUGAAAAGAGAAUUCCAGGAUUCCCAAUUGUCCUUCAUGGAUCAUCAUCAGUUCCACAAGAAUGGGUUGCUGUUAUUAAUCAAUAUGGAGGAAAAUUAGAAUCAGCUAUUGGUAUUCCAGAAGAUCAAAUUAGAGAAGCUGUUAAGAGUGCAGUUUGUAAAGUUAAUAUUGAUUCAGAUGGUAGACUUGCUAUGACAGGAUCAAUUAGAAGAUAUCUUGCAGAACAUCCAAAGGACUUUGAUCCAAGACAAUAUCUUGGACCAGCUAGACAAGCACUUAAAGAAUUAUAUCUUCAUAAGGUUUCAGACAAGGUUUUGAACUCAGCAGGAAAAUCAUGGUAUUAA